AUGCUCUUGCCAGCCGCCGCAACCUACAUCAGACCAGCCGACCUCGACGUGGAGAGCGUUUACGGUGCAUACCACGGCCUAUGGCCCCAACAUACUCUAGACACCUGGUCCACUAGAGCGCCUCUCAGACUUCCUGCACAAGUCCGCGAUGACGAGGGCACGCGACGGCCAAACCAACCGUCACCGAACGAAGGGCCGCCGCGCUAUUCGCGAUACGUACCACUACCACCACCUCCUCCGCCACCACCAUACACAGAACUACCCCCUACCAGACCUGCAGAUGAGCAGCAGGUCAGAACGGAGACGGCGAUACCACCACCACAGAUGGCGGCGGAAUCAGCUAAGGAAAGGCGGCUUAGACGGCUGAAAACUAGGAUCGCAGCUUUCGGGCACCAAGUCAAGACUCGAUGGGGCCCGGCGGCGCUGGAGGGGCUUAUUUCCUUUCUGGCAGCUUUGGCGGGCUUAGGUGAGGAUGGGAAACCCCUGAGGAAGGGGAUACACAGUCGAUGCAAUUGCCCUGCGAGAUCUGCGGAUAGACAGCAGGUCAGAAAGAAGCCGGUGAAACCACAGCCACAGACGGCGGGGCCAUCAGCGAAGGAAAAUCGUCCUGGACGCCUGAAAACUAAUAUGGCAGCUUUGGGGCAUAAGGUCAAGACUCGGUGGGGCCCGGCGGUGCUGCAGGAAGUCGUGAUCUUUUUUGGGUACUCGGAAGGCUACGACGAAGAUAGGAAAUCCCUGACGGGAAUGUUCAGUCGAAGAGGGAUGUGA